AUGCACGUUUUCAUGAAAACCUUUCUGGGGAAGACCACCACUCUCACGGUUGAACCCUUGGAUACAACAGAAUAUGUAAAGGCUGAGAUCCAGGAUAAGGAAGGAAUUCCUCCUGAUCAGCAAAGACUGAUCUUUGCUGGCAAACAACUGGAAGCUGGAUGUACUUUGUCUGACUACAUUCAAAAGGAAUACACUCUUCAUCUUGUGUUGAGACUUCCAGGUGGUCCCAAAAAUAAGCAUAAGAGAAAGAAGGUUAAGCUGGCUGUCCUGAAAUACUAUAAGGUGGAUGAGAACGGCACAAUCAGUCUGCUUUGUCAGGAAUGCCCUUCAGAUGAAGGUGGUGCAGGAUUUUUAUGGCCAGCCACUUUGACAGACAUUAUUGUGGCAAGUGUUGUCUGACCUCUUGUUUCAACAAACCAGAACACAAGUAACUGUAUAUGGGUUAAUA